AUGGCGGCGGACCCUCUAUCAAGAAGCGAAUUGAAUACGAACACAGCGUCCGACUCGGACAGCGAUUUCGAAGACGACGAUUUCGUUCCAGAGCCCGAGCUGUCUCGCGGCGCUGCCGCGGCUAUCCAAGCUUCCUACAAGCUUCAAACCCAAAGACCAGGCGCAGACGAUGCGUCGGACUCAGACUCGGACGACGAAGACUCCGAUGGCGAAGCGAAAGGGGCAGGAAGUCGAGCAGUCGCUGGGGAGCAGAUCGACGCGGACGAGCUGGAAGCACUCAAGAGGGAGCGCGAAGAAAUGGUCGCAGCUGCGGGAGGCGAGGGCCGACUGGGCAAACGUGCAAGACUAGCCAAGGAUGCGGUUGCUGAGUCUGCAGGGUCGAUGGCCGUCAACGACGAGGCCGAAGCAUUGAAGGCAAAGGCGUUGGCAGAAUGGGAAAACAUCAAAGGCGAUGGUCCGACGUCGACAACUUCGACUGGCGACGGCGCUACGUCUCAAGAAGCUCAGUCUGGCAGCUCUACCACCACAAGCACGGAAGAGAUCGUGUCGAUACCGACAACGUACAAGUUCGCCGGAGAACUUCACACAUCCACGCGCCUCCUACCGCGCUCACAUCCAGACGCGAUCAAGUAUCUCUCUUCGCAGUCUGCCAGCUCCACCUCGGCCAAAGUCACGACAUCUACGCCUGUACCCUCGAUCAACCCCACACCAGCAGUCACAGCAGCAGCUCCUCGACCGCCACCAACAGGUCCCAGGCGAAAGAAAGGAUCCUCGCUAGCUGCGCUCUCGGCAGCAGCUACCGCGAAACCUGCCAAACUCAACACGCUCGAAAAGAGCAAGCUGGAUUGGGAUUCGUACAAAGACGAUACGGCCAAGUUGUCGCAACAAGAGAAGGACGAGCUGGAACAUCAGACAAAGGGCGGGGGCAAAGGACUUGGCGAUAUGAAAGGCUAUCUUGAAAGGAGGGACUUUUUGGAUCGUGUCAAGGAUCGCACUGGUCAGCCAUAG